CUUUCAGCAACUCUUUUGUGUGCAUUCUCUUCAACCCAUCCGCAUCAACGCACACACCAUGUCCCUCCCGUCACCAGCACCUUCCCCGUACCCCGGCGCGCAGGCCAACGGGACCGGCAACACCGCGGCCCAGCAACCAACCGACCAGGCGCGCCUCCGCGCCGAGAUCGAGAGCCAGCUCCUCCGCCUCAGCCAGGACCUGUACGAGAUGGAAGUUUGCGCUGGCGAUGUCAGCCAGAACAUGGAGAACGCCGUGCCGGAAUUAUUGGAAAAAGUCAACAAGGGGUUCAUCAACCUCCAGUCUAUGAGCGCGCAGCUCACGGACUCGGUCCCACGGACCAUUGUCGACCACGUCGAUCGGUACAAGAACCCGCACCAGUACACCAAGACGGCGCUGAGUCGCGCGACCGGCGAGAACCAGUACGCGCUGGGUCGAGUUCUUGGCUUGGAGUCAUUCCGCCGCCAGCUGUCCGACGCCGUCACCGACGCGUUCCCCGGCAUUCCUCUGCCCGAACGGCGGCACCAGCCGCUCCCGUCGUCCGACCUCGCCAACGGCGACGACAGCUUUGACCAGAAGCCGCACGCGUCGAACGGCAACGGCGACGUGGUGAUGAACGAGCUCGAGGAGAAGAUGGUCGAGGACGAGCACAACCACAUUGUGCCGCAUGCUGGGCCCGAGCCGACGGGCGCAGAGCCCCGCGACGGCAUGGACGGCAUCGGGUACUAGGCGAGACCAUGUGGCGCAGAGUACUGCGUUGAUUCGGCCCGACCUGACUCUUGACCGGCUGGUACCCCCAAGCAUCCACCACUACCAUUCCCAGCACAAAUGAUACCCCCAGUGUGCGACCAUGUGCACUUUGUACCACCAUGCAAGCGU